AUGUGGCUCCCACACUGCAGCACCACCACCUACCUGGCCCUGCCAGCUUCCCAAACCUUGGCCAACCUCAAGCACACCUUCAUCGCCAUCAAGUUGGAUGGCGUGCAGCUUGGCCUAGUGGGCGAGAUCAUCAAGCUCUUCAAGCAGAAGGGGUCCCGCCUCGUGGCCAUGAAGGUCCUCCGGGCCUCCGAGGAACACCUGAAGCAGCAUUACAUUGACCUGAAAGACCGCCCAUUCUUCCCUGGGCUGGUGAAGUACAUGAACUCAGGGCCGGUCGUGGCCACGGUCUGGGAGGGGCUGAAUGUGGUGAAGACAGGCCGAGUGAUGCUUGGGGAGACCAAUCCAGCAGAUUCUAAGAGAGGCACCAUUCGCGGGGACUUCUGCAUUCAGGUUGGCAGGAACAGCAUUCAUGACAGUGACUCAGUAAAAAGUGCUGAAAAAGAAAUCAGCUUAUGGUUUAAGCCUGAAGAACUGGUUGACUACAAGUCUUGUGCUCAUGGCUGGGUCUAUGAAUAA